AUGCGCCAUGGCACCAAGGUUUGGGUUCACGACAGAGAUUCCGCUUGGAUUCCUGCUGAAGUACUCGAAUCUUCAGGAAAGAAUGUUACCGUUGCCACCGCUUCUGGGAAUAAGGUUAUUGCUCUUUUGGAGAACGUGUUUCCCAGGGAUGCGGACGAAGACGAGCAUGGAGGAGUCGAAGAUAUGACGAGAUUGGCUUACUUGAAUGAGCCAGGGGUGUUGUACAAUCUCCGGAAAAGAUAUGUGCUGAAUGAUAUAUAUGUGAGUUCUAGUGAAGGGAUUAUUGGUAUCUAG